AUGGCUACCGGCUCGUCAGGCGAGAUCCGAAGAGGAUUCGCCAAGUUCAGUGGUGACCCAGGCGACUACGUCGGCUGGCGAACCCUGCAGGCCUCCUUUAUGGAGGACAAGCUACACAAGGUUCUGUUGGGAGUGGAAAAAGCCCCUUCGGAUCCCGGACCUAGUGCUACACCGGACCAGACUUCGGCAUACCAAUCUGCGCUGGAAGGAUACCAGGACAAAAACGGACAGAUCUUUACACGGCUGAUGCUUGCCACAUCUGAAACCGGGGGCUACCAGAGCGCGGCCUCGCAGACUGUGCAGGCAUACGCGCCUAUCGGGUUCUUAGCAAUGUGUCGGUCCUUCGGAAUUGCUGUGGAGACAAGCCCCCCGUACGUCCCUCAAGGGAAUGCUGUCGCCGAACGCGGUUUCGGGACUGUCAUCGGUGCACCACAUAGCCUCAUGCUUGGAGCUCCGCACCUGCCGCGUCAACUGUGGGCGGAAGCCGUGAAGGCCGCCAUUUACAUCAAGAACCGCACACCUACUGACGUCCUGGACGGCAAAGCAACACUUGAGGUUUGGGAGGACAAACCACUCGGCAGCUUGAAGCACAUGCAUGAGUGGGGGUCUGUAGCGUUUCAACACGUAGAAGCUCGCUCGCGAAACGAUGAGUUUUCUGCCAGGGCGAAGAAGUAUUACAUGGUGGGAUACAAUACAACCAGCAAGACGUGGCGGCUAUGGGACCCAGCGGAACCACUCAAAACUACAAACUCUGCUGAAGUGUCCUUCCUCGAGGUAGAUGCCCGCCGCGUCUCUCGCCCCAUGCUCGGGUCUGACCCAUUUCGCGAACAAGGCCAGAUUUUCCAGCCCGGCAUUAUCACUGGGGCCGAGACAAGAGACGAGGAACCAGAACCGGCAGACACGAACGACGGACCGGACGAAGAAUCGCCCGCGGUGAGGAAAAGCGGUCGCACGACAAAGCCGCGGGACCGUCUGAACCUUUUUACGACGGAGCAGGUGUUCGAAACAGAAUACGCACUGGUGAUCGGAGGUGAGAUCGGGAACCUUGGUCAAGGGAUACCUGGCCAACUAGGAUACAUGCCUGCCGAUCCACCGAACUACCGCGCAGUGGUCAACGGAGCAGAUGCCGUUGGAUGGAUGAAAAGCAUGGAGGAGGAGAAUCGCUCCUUACUAGACCACGACGUUUAUGAGUGGGUCGAUCCCCCGCGCGAUGCUCAAAUCAUCCCCUCAAAAUACAUCUACAAAUGGAAGUACAACGAAGCCGGCAUCGCUGUGAGACAGAAAUCGAGAAUCGUAGUGCAAGGAUUUCACGAAGGUGAGACCGGAACCGACAAUACUAUACCGGUAGCGUCUCUCCAAGCCGUCCAUCUGAUAGUUGCGCAUGCUACCAAGAAUGGACUUAUUCUUCGCCAAGCCGACAUCAGGACGGCGUUCCUCCACGCGAGGAUGGAACCGGGAUCGAAACCAGUGUACGUCAUUCCCCCGGAAGGAUUCUCGUGCGACAGCGAGAGAGCCAGGCAAGUAUGGAAGCUCAGAGCGUGGCUUUACGGGUUGUGUUUUUCCCCAAAAGGCUGGUGGGGCACUCUGCACGAUUUUCUCCUGAAGAUCGGAUUUGUUGAGAGCACCGCUGAACCGUGCUUGUACAUCCUGGGCGAUGGAGAUGUGCUCCUUCUCGUUUAUGUGGAUGACAUUCUGCUGACCGGGGAGGGCGAGAACAAAGUGCUGAGCAUAGUAGAUCAGCUGAAUGAGCGUUUCGAAACGGUGGACCUCGGAGGAGCCAGGUUCCUGCUCGGAAUGGGAAUCAACCGAGACAGAGCCGCAGGGACAAUUCUUUUGGAACAGGAAGCGUAUACCAACGUAGUGUUGGACAAGUUCGGCAUGGCCGACGCGCGUCCGACGAAAUCUCCGUCUGAUGCUGGACCGGUGUCCGUCUUGGAGGACGAGGUGUUGUCAGCGGAGGAUACUACAUAUUUCCGCUCCGCCACAGGCUCGCUUUUACAUCUCAGCAGGUGCACAAGGCCCGACAUCACUCACUCCGUGAUGGUUCUGACGCGGAGUAUGGCGAAACCAGGUCCGAGGGCGAUGCAGAAACUCAAACGUGUACUCAGGUACCUGAAAGGGACGAUAUCAAUCGGUGUACGCUACGGCGAGGAUGCCGAAGAUGGAAACGUCAUUACGGCGUUUGCCGACUCGGAUUUUGCAGGCGACCUAGACAAGGGCUACUCCACCACGGGAGUCGUCCUGUACUUCGCUGGUGGACCGGUGGAAUGGACAUCAUCCAAGCAAACGGUGAUGGCGACCUCUUCCGUUGAAGCAGAGUUCGUGGCUUUGUCGAAGGAGUGCAACAUCAUCAAGUACUUCCGCCACCUGCUGGACACCAUAAAUCAGACUCAGGAAGAAGCAACCGUGGUGUGGGAGGACAACUCGGGAGCUCUGAAAUUACCUCGCAGCUUCCGUAUCACCCCAAGGACUAAGCACAUUGACGUAAAGCUUCACCACGUAAGGUCGCUGGUAGCUGAUGGAGUCGUAGACGUGAAGAAAAUAUCGACGUCGCUUCAGAAAGCGGAUAUUUUUACAAAAGGGCUAAACCCGUCGGAGUUUCUCCGCGCCCGUGGCAUGCCGUUAGGAGUUUGA